GUCCGUUUCCUACACCUCUCCGCACCCCGGCCGAUCACCGCCUGCCCGUCCGUCACCUGCCUCCCCCGCCUCGCCGCGAUGGCCGCCGCCCCGUCGACGCCGCUGCUCAAGGACGAGCUGGACAUCGUCAUCCCGACGAUCCGCAACCUCGACUUCCUCGAGAUGUGGCGGCCCUUCUUCCAGCCCUACCACCUCAUCAUCGUGCAGGACGGCGACCCGACCAAGGUCAUCAAGGUGCCCGAGGGCUUCGACUACGAGCUCUACAACCGCAACGACGUCAACCGCAUCCUCGGCCCCAAGGCCUCCUGCAUCUCCUUCAAGGACUCUGCCUGCCGCUGCUUCGGAUACAUGGUCUCCAAGAAGAAGUACAUCUACACCAUCGACGACGACUGCUUCGUUGCUAAGGAUCCAUCAGGAAAGGACAUCAAUGCACUUGAGCAGCACAUUAAGAACCUUCUGAGCCCUUCAACUCCAUUUUUCUUCAAUACUCUGUACGACCCAUACCGUGAGGGUGCUGAUUUUGUUCGUGGGUACCCCUUCAGCCUUCGUGAGGGUGCCCCAACUGCUGUUUCUCAUGGGCUCUGGCUUAACAUUCCAGACUAUGAUGCCCCUACCCAGCUUGUCAAGCCUCUUGAGAGAAAUAAUAGGUAUGUGGAUGCUGUUCUUACAAUCCCGAAGGGUACCUUGUUUCCCAUGUGUGGAAUGAACCUCGCGUUUGACCGUGAGCUCAUUGGUCCUGCAAUGUACUUUGGCCUUAUGGGUGAUGGCCAGCCUAUUGGUCGCUACGAUGAUAUGUGGGCUGGAUGGUGCACCAAGGUGAUUACUGAUCAUUUGAGCCUGGGUAUUAAGACUGGUCUGCCCUACAUCUGGCACAGCAAAGCAAGCAACCCGUUUGUGAACUUAAAGAAGGAAUACAACGGCAUCUUCUGGCAGGAGGAGCUGAUCCCCUUCUUCCAGUCUGUGACCCUCUCAAAGGAGGCCACCACUGUCCAGAAGUGUUACCUUGAGCUGGCCAAGCAAGUGAAGGCGAAGCUCGGCAAGGUGGAUGGCUACUUCAACAAGCUUGCUGAUGCCAUGGUCACAUGGAUCGAGGCCUGGGACGAGCUUAACCCACCAAAGGGUGCAAUCACCACCACAAACAGCCCUGCUGUGAAGAGCAAGUGAGAGGCAGUAGCAUACAUAUACAGUUCGCUUGUUCAUGUGAGCUACCCAUACUGAAAUACUCGUGUUUUGGUUAGUGUUGAUGAACUGAGAAAUACCAUUUCGUUGUAACUUAAAAUUUACCUUCUUCCCUGGACAACCGCCCCGGUGGUUUUAGGGAAUUUACAUUUUUGCUUGUGUUGGAACAGUUGUAAUGUCGGAAUGGGAUCACACCUUCAAAUAGAAUAAAGUUACUGGUUAUGCCUAUA